AUGUUUCUGAUUAAUAAUGGCAAAGAAUGUCUAAACCGCGUGGCGAUGUUUCCACUUUUCACGUUGGACACUUCUUUUGCACCAGAGCAAGAAAGAAAGGUUUUACUAGACAUAUAUGAAUCCACCAACGGCCAAAAGUGGUUCGACAGACGGGGAUGGACCAGCCUUGCAAAUGAAAAAUCUCACUGUUCCUGGUAUGGUAUUACCUGCCACGGAAACACUUCAUACGUAAAAACAAUUGUGUUGGCUUACAAUAACUUGGACGGCUCCCUUCCUUCCACCAUUUGGAAGAUCAGAAACUUGUUUUCUCUAUGCGUUGUGGGAAAUCCAAAUCUACAUGGACGUCUUGACGACUUUCUCUUUGGAAAUAUGACUAACCUGCUUUCCGUCGGGUUGACUGCCUCUUCUGUUGGUGGAUAUAUCCCAGAAGACUUCACCAAACUUAGAAAACUGCAGAAUUUCAUGGCUUGCCCCAUGAAUGGUAACGGUAUCUCAGGUCGUUUACCCCACGACAUAGGAAAUAUGAGGGAGCUACGAUUAUUGGGUCUUGGCGGAAAUAACAUAAGUGGAGAAAUACCAAGAAGUAUUUCUCGAUUAAACAAGCUUUGGUAUCUCGAUCUAAGGAAUAACCCUGGUACGAUGUUUGGGAGGCUGAGUGACUUACUUUCGCUUUCUUCGUUGAGACAGUUGUUCGUAUCUGGGAUUCAUCUAACGGGAAGGAUGCCUCGUGUGUUGCCAAAAGGGUUUUGGUACCUUGUUCUACCCGGAAACAACAUUUCAGGUACGCUUCCGAAAACGUUCAAAAAUAACACCAACCUCCGGGUAUUAAAUGUCGCCAACAACCGACUUACAGGGGAUAUACCAGGCGAUCUGCUUUCUCUGCCACAGUUAUAUAUGCUUGACGUGUCACAGAAUCGUUUUUCUUCAUUUAACCAAGGAAAGGCCUGGCCAGGUGAUGCCACAGUAAAUGAAAGUUUAUCCAUCUCUUUAGCGGACAAUAGGAAUCUGUCAAUAAAUUUUACAAGCUUCAUUGACCUUUUCCGCAAAUUUAUGGAACAAGGGAAUUACAGCCCUGCGACUUUGAAUGUGAGCUUCUGUGGUAUCAGUAGUCCAAUACCAGACAAUGUGCUUUACAUGGAGAGAUUGUCUGUUUGUGACUUACGUGGUAAUAACUUUUUUGGACCUAUACCAACUUUCAUCGGAGACUUUUCUUUUCUAACCACUUUUGAUAUUUCAUCAAAUAACCUGACUGGAGGUUUCCCUGCUGGAAUUCAAAACUUGGUAUCCCUAAAAAAUUUGGAUAUUUCUGGAAACCCUUUUAUGCGAGAAGGAAAUGGGGCAACGUCUAAUACCUUUCAACCUGAUUUUUUAAGAAUGAUUAAACCACACAAAGCAAACAAUUUCACCUGCCCAGAAGGAAGACUCACCUUCAACAAUGGUCUCAUUCGCGUAGAUCCGACCUUUUAUGAGUACAAAUACUGCGUCUGCGAUGAAGGUUUCUACGGAGACAAAGGAUUGUGCAAACAGUGCAUGAAGGAUGGGACAUGUCACAGACUUGCACCCGGUUCGGCAGAAGAUCUUCGUCCCAGCAUCAUGAACAUAAGCAGCGGUUACUGGCCAUCCCCUGAUCCUGCUAACGCUACCCAUCUUGUCAAAUGUCCUGUUAAAUCUGCCUGCAAUCCAACAGGUUUAUGUAGCUGUAGACUAGUCACAUCGCCAAAAGAUACUCGUGCGCCCUUCAAAAGACCUGCAGUGUCAUCUCUGACCACAAAAUGCGACAAUUCCUGCAUAUGUCAUCAAGGAAACGCGGACAGAUUUUGUUCUCGGUGUAAAUAUGGGUUCUAUAAACUAAGUGGACUAUGCUUUCAAUGUAGAAAUGGCGAUUCAUUUUACUAUUACUUGUUUAUCCCUAUGUUUGCAGCAUCCUUCCUUGUUUUAAUCUGGUCGUAUUUUUAUUAUAACAUGCGUCCAGCGAAAUGGUUUGCUGUGACUGCUGUUCAUUUCCUUUUGAUGUUAAUGAUGAUGCUUUUAGAAUUCCUACCAGCAUGGUUUUUCAAAUUAAACCUGGUUGUUUUCGUGCUCUGUAUAACUAGUAGAGGGAAAGCUGCUCGUUCUCUUAUCAGCAUCGCGGUGUUUUACAUCCAGACUAUGGACUUCAUGGUAUCAAGCGUCAAUGUUUGGCCUAAGGAAGUGAUUGCAGCUCAAAGCUACUUGAGCAGCUACUGGAACCUAUAUUUUCCCUCUCUUUCUUGUGAUUUGCCUUCUCUUUUUACCCCUGUUGGUAAGUUUGUGUUUCUUCUUCUUCUACCGGUGGUGUGCCUGUCUACCGUGGGUGCGUAUUUUAUCAUCAUGCUGACUUUGCAGAGGUUCCGCCCGAACACAAGGCGUAUGGAACAGGUUCACUUCAAAUGCCGGCAAACCGCCUUCUUCUGCCUAAGCUUCAGCUACUUUCCCAUUGUAAAACAAACGCUCUCCAUCGUACGUCCAUGUCACAAGGACCUGAAUGUGCUCUACAUGCCAUCUUCUCCUUUUAUAGAGUGCUCAUCUGAUACACACCUCAAACUGACAACACUAGGAAUUUUCUCCAUUGUGGUCUACGUAAUUGGAUUUCCCUUGAUGGUCAUCUCCUUGAUGUUGCUCUUUUUCCCCAAGAGAAGCUCUAUGAGUCCUGAAGAUCGAAAGAAACUUGAUGUAUGGCUUGGACCGAUCUACUUACCCUACAAACCUAAGUACCAGGCGUUCUUCGAAGUUGUCAUGCUCUUACGCCGCCUGAUUCUCGCCAUCGCCCUGUCCAUGAUCCCAUCGUCAUAUUCUUUGCAAACGUUUGUAGUGUGGCUUGUACUUAUGGUUUCAGCGAUUAUUCAUCUUAUUUUAAGGCCAUACGAAACACCACCGGGUAGGAGAGAAGGACAAACCGACUUUCAACACGAAAGACUAAAGCUCAGUGGCAUUUUCAGUGAGAAUGUCUUUGAGCCUCUUAUGUUGUUUGUCUUAUCGAUGUCAAUCAUGGUGUUACGAUUUUCAACUUUAGAUGUCAAUGAUACUAACUUUUUUGUUUGGUUUGUGAUGGUCGUCAACACCUGUGUCCUGAUCGGUUUGUUAGGUGGCAUCUUGUAUCGUCUCGUUAGCGGAAUUAGGGUCCCUGGUAAUGCCAAUGAAAAUUCAAGUACUGAAAAUUGUGAAGAGGAUGAUAGAUUUGAAGAAGAAGCAAACCAUCGCGAUGAGGAGAGGAGCCUUUUAUCGUGA